UUUCAUUUCCAAAUACUCACUUCUCCUUCUACCCCUUCUUUCUUCUCUAAAACAUUUUUACACAUAAUUGAUAAAGUUUUAAUCUUUUUGAUUUUUCUGCAAUACCCAGAUUCGAUUUUGCAAUUUUCAUACUGAAUUCGAGGUGGGUUUUUGUCGUUAAAGAUGGAAAAUAACAACAACCAGUUUCUGCAAUUCAGUGAUCAGCUUCGUCACCAGACUUCUAACCUCGCCAACCUCUCGAUCAACGAUUCGAUCUGGGGUAGCUCGUAUGGGACGAAGAGGACCGGAGAAAGAAGGAAUUUUGAUAUAAGGGUCGGCGGUGAUCUCAACUCUCCAAGCGGUUUGAACCUAAAUGGGUCUUCUGGUUCGACCGGUUUCAACAACGAUGGUUGGAACAGUUUCAAGCAAAAUGGGCCUGAGUUUAAUGGGUUCUCUAACGAUGUCUGGAACAACAACAACAACAGCAGCAACAACAGCAAUAUCAACCUCAACAACAGUUACAAGUCCAAAGCUUCUUCUGACCACUUCAAUGGGUUCGUUAACGAUGGGUGGAAGACGGGUUCGUCUUCACCAGCAGGGCCACAUCUUGGUGGGCUUCCUCAGAAGAAUAUUGGGAUCAAUGGAGGGUUCAACAAAGGGAUUUAUUCAAAGUCGUUGAAUCACAACAUUUAUAAUGAUAUUGGUAUGGGUAUGGGUAUGGGUAUGAAGAGCCAUAAGAAAAAUGAUGACCAUGUAGGAGUUAAGGGUGGGAAGAAGAACAGUAACAAGAAGAAUAACAACAACAAUGGUGAUAGUAAUAAUGAUAACAAAGAAGGAAAGAACGGUACUGAUAAGAGGUUCAAGACUCUUCCACCAUCAGAAUCUCUGCCUAGAAAUGAAACUGUUGGUGGCUACAUCUUUGUCUGCAACAACGAUACCAUGCAGGAGAACCUCAAAAGACAGCUUUUUGGUUUGCCUCCUCGUUACAGGGAUUCAGUUCGUGCAAUAACUCCGGGGUUGCCUCUUUUCCUCUACAACUACUCCACUCACCAACUCCAUGGAAUUUUUGAGGCUGCUAGUUUUGGUGGGAGUAACAUUGAUCCCACUGCUUGGGAGGACAAGAAAUCUGCUGGGGAAUCACGUUUUCCUGCUCAGGUUCGAGUUAUUACAAGGAAAAUCUGUGAACCACUGGAGGAGGAUUCUUUCAGGCCAAUUCUUCAUCAUUAUGAUGGACCUAAAUUCCGCCUUGAACUAAACGUGCCUGAGGCACUCUCUCUCUUGGAUAUAUUUGGAGAUCAAGAGUCUUGAACAGAAACACAUUAUACAGGAGCUAUAGAUACAAAUACUAGUUACAGAAGAAGAAGAAACAAAGGAAAAGAGUUGAGGAAAUGGAAAUCUACAGGAAGAUAUAUAGUUAUGUUUAAAAUCGGUAUAUGGGGAAAGUAUAGAGAGUUUGAGAAGGGAAUUAUGUGUUUCAAGGGUGGUGAAAUGAUGACUAAAAAUGCACCCUAUAUGAUUAUGUAUAAUCCUACUUGUAGAAGAGGCUUAUGAUGGUUGCCCUUUUUUGUUCUUUUUACAGUGUGUAUAAAUAAGUAUUAAGUGAUCAAAACGAAGAUAAGUUUAUGAACAAUAAUAAUAGUAUAUCGAGUGUUUUAUGUAUGAAAAGGGUUUGAAUCAAACAAACAACCUUGUUGAGUUGUUUUCUAAAUGAUAAAUAAGGCUUUGAAAUGCUUAUAGAUCAAA